CUCCUCAUCCCCUCCAUCACGUCGCAAGAAUGUCCAGCUCUUGGUCCUCGACGAGAGUUCGCGAGGAGUUCUUCAAAUUCUUCCGCGACAGAGAGCACACCUUCGUCCCGUCCUCGUCCACUAUACCGUAUGAGGACCCGACGCUCCUUUUUGCCAAUGCUGGUAUGAAUCAAUUCAAGCCGAUUUUUCUCGGAACCGUCGAUCCUCAUUCUGAGCUGGCCAAGUUGAACCGUGCAUUCAACUCUCAAAAGUGUAUCCGCGCCGGAGGAAAACAUAACGAUCUCGAGGAUGUUGGCAAGGAUUCGUACCACCACACGUUCUUUGAGAUGCUGGGCAACUGGUCAUUCGGCGACUAUUUCAAGAAAGAAGCAAUUGGAUACUCAUGGAAGCUUUUGACCGAGGUUUAUGGGCUCUCAAAGGAUCGCCUCUACGUAACCUACUUUGAAGGCGAUUCUAAGAACGGUCUCGAGCCGGACCUCGAGGCCCGCCAACUCUGGCUUGAUCAAGGCGUUCCGGAGGACCAUGUCCUGCCGGGGAAUGCAAAGGACAACUUUUGGGAGAUGGGUGCUACUGGCCCUUGCGGUCCUUGUAGUGAAGUCCACUAUGACUUGGUCGGUGGGCGGAAUGUGGCUCACCUCGUGAAUCAAGACGACCCAUUGGUUGUCGAGAUCUGGAACAACGUUUUUAUGCAGUUCAACCGCGAGGACGAUGGAUCCUUGAAGCCCUUGCCCGCGAAGCAUGUCGACACUGGUAUGGGUUUUGAACGUAUUGUGACGGCCGUUCAAGGCAAAAUAUCCAACUACGACACUGACGUGUUCUCGCCAAUCUUCGCGCGGAUACAAGAGCUGACUGGCGUCCGUCCGUACCAGGGCAAAUUUGGUGCAGAGGACACUGAUGGCAUUGAUACUGCCUACCGUGUAUGUGCUGAUCAUGUCAGGACGCUCACCUUCGCCAUCAGCGAUGGUGGCGUGCCGAAUAAUGUCGGUCGCGGCUACGUCUUGCGCCGUAUUCUGCGGAGAGGUUCACGAUACGCCAGGAAGAAGCUUGGUGCCCCAAUCGGAUCGUUCUUUUCUUCGCUCAUACCCGUCGUUGUCGAGCAAAUGGGUGGUGUCUUCCCUGAGCUCACGAAGCGUGUCGACGAGGUCAAAGAGAUCUUAGAUGAAGAGGAAGAGUCGUUUUCACGAACUCUCGAUCGAGGAGAAAAACUCUUCGAUCAGUAUGUGCAGAAAGCCCAGGAGCGUGGCGAAACCAAGCUCUCUGGCAAGGAUGUCUGGCGGCUCUAUGACACCUAUGGUUUUCCUGUGGAUCUCACGCGACUCAUGGCCGAGGAGCUUCGCUUUACUGUGGACGAGGAAGAAUUUGAGCUUGCUCAGGCGCAGUCGAAGGAGGCCUCUAAGGCGAUCAAGAAGAUAAACAAAGAGACUGUCAAGCUCGAUGUUCAUGAUAUCGCUGCGCUUGAGAAGAAUAUCAGCGUGCCUAAGACCGAUGAAUCUGCCAAAUUCCUGCGCGGCAGUAUUGACUCACGAGUCGCCGCGUUAUACUACAACAAAACCUUCCCCGCCUCGACGGAGCAGAUUCCGGAAAAUGCUCUGUUUGGCGUACUACUCGAUAAGACCAGUUUCUAUGCUGAAUCUGGUGGCCAAGAGCAUGAUACGGGAAGCAUCGUUGUUGACGGCGUUGCCGAGUUCGAAGUCUCUGACGUCCAGGUUUACAAUGGCUACGUCCUUCACAUUGGCCAGCUUAAGUAUGGCGCAUUGUCCAUUGGCAAUCAGGUCGUUUCUAUAUACGACGAGCUUCGCCGGUGGCCCCUGCGUAAUAACCACACCGCGACCCACGUCCUCAACUACAGCCUUCGGGAAGCCCUCGGCGACCAUAUUGACCAGAAGGGCUCGCUUGUCGCGCCGACGAAGCUGCGCUUCGACUUCUCGCACAAAGCACAGAUUCCCGCUCCUGAGCUUGAGAGGAUCGAGUCAAUGAGCCAGGACUGGAUCCGCCGUAACGUCAAGGUCUUCGGGAAAGAAGUGGACCUUAAGCUUGCGCAAAAGAUCCCUGGCCUCCGCGCUGUCUUUGGCGAGUCGUAUCCAGACCCUGUCCGUGUGGUCUCGCUGGAGUACGAUGUCGAUGAGAUCGUUCAGGACAUCGAGAACCCGAAAUGGCGCAGUACUAGUGUUGAGUUCUGCGGAGGCACGCACGUCAACAAGACCGGUGAAAUCAAGGACUUCGUCAUUACGGAGGAGUCUGGCAUCGCCAAGGGCAUCAGACGCAUUGUUGCAGUCACUGGAAACGAGGCUGCUGAAGUCAGGAGAGUCGCAGAUGGCCUCAAAGUUCGCCUGGAUCAGCUCGAGGUUAUGCAAGGCAAGGAAAAGGAUGCCGGCCUGAAGGCCUAUCAAGUAGAGCUCAACCAGGCGGAUAUCUCCCUGAUCUUCAAAAGCCGACUCCUCGAGCGUCUCUCUACCGUUCGGAAGACUUUUGAGAAGCAAAAGAAAGACAAAGAGGCUGCUGCUAACAAGGCUGCUAUUGAUAGCCUCAUCACCUAUUUCGAGGAGAACCGAAACGCUCAGGUUUUCUGCGCGAACCUCGACGUUGACGGCAACGCAAAGGUUCUACAAAGCGUUGUCCUCCAGGCCAAGAAGCUGGGGAAAUCUGUCUACGUCUUCAGCGUCGACUCUGAGCAGGGCAAAGUGGCGCAUGCUAACUUCGUCGCAGAAGAUGCCAAGUCGAGAGGUAUCGAUGGUCGGGAGUGGGCAACUGCUGUUGUUGAUGUCUUAGGCGGCAAAGCUGGCGGCAAGGUGGACGGCGCUCAGGGUGUCGGCCUGGAUGGCACAAAGGUCACAGAAGCGCUCAAGGUUGCGCAGGAUUUUUAUUUGCAGAAGACCGGUGUUUAGUCUAUCUACAUGGUUCUUUCUCUUUGUCGGCCUAGUGUGUAUUCGAUAAGUAAAUACUGAUUGAAAUGGUGAACGGU